AUGCUGCAGCUGCCUGACCUACUCACUUCUGAUAACGCGCAGCCCCUCCUCGCUGCGUCUUGUCUUGCGGUAGCACUCAUCUACCCUUACCGCAAGUCUUUCAUCACUGUGGCAAGAUGGAUCGACGAGUUUGGUCCUCUCGUCACCAUUCGUCAAGGAACCGAGAAAAUUGUUAUUAUCGGUCGCCAUAAAGCCGUGGUGGAUAUCAUGGAGAAGCAGGGCGGAGCGUCAGCUGAUCGUCCUCCCAUGAUUUCUGCUGGAGAAAUGCUUAGCGGCGGACAGUCUAUCGCCUUUUCACAUGCUGGCGACAGGUUGCGUCUGAUGCGUAGAGCACUUCAUUCCCAUCUCCAGCCUAGAACGGCUGAGGCGUAUGAACCCCUGCAGUUUGCUUACGCAAAGAACGCGGUCAUCGACAUUCUUGAGGAUCCACACAACUUCCAGAACCAUGCGUUGACUUUCACUGCGUCGACGAUUAUGAAAAUUGCGUAUGGAAAGACCACCCGCACGUAUGCGACUGAUCCCGAGGUCAAGGAUGUUCGCCGGCGCUUCAUGGCAUUGAGUGUAUCUAUGCGCCCUGGCGCUUACCUGGUAGACUCGAUCCCGUGGCUCAAAUAUACUCCUUGGUAUGGUCGCGAUUUAACACGGGAGUUUGAGAGGGGCAAAAAACUCUACUUCUCCCAGCUGAACCGCGUCAAAGACCAAUUGGUAUCCAUUUCCCUCCCAAUUUUCACUUCGGCAAUUUUCCCCGAGGAGCAGGCUAAAGUCCAUGCUGAGCUUGAUGCGGUGAUCGGCAGGAACAGAGAUGGAGGCCGACUGCUCCUGAAGGAAUCGCUCACCGAACAACUAAAGACCGUCACCGGACAGGAAAACUAUUGCAUUCCUGCUGGCACCACGGUCGUCGGCAACCAUUGGGCCAUCUCUCGUGACCCAGAUGUCUUCCCCGACCCCCACGCGUUCAACCCUGAGCGUUGGCUCAACGACCAAGGUAACCUCAGGGAUGACCUUAAAUUCUAUGUCUUUGGGUUUGGUCGGCGCGUAUGCCCCGGUCAACACCUUGCGUCCAGGGCGGUGACCAUACACUCCGUGCUGGUCCUUUGGGCCUACCAGCUCGCUCUGGAUAAGUCGAAGCCGGUCGAUGACACUGGGUAUAUGAGCGGGGUGGUGCCAGAUAUACAGCCAUGUACUGUCGGGUUUCAGGCGAGGAUUUCGGAGUCGGAUCUGAGGCGCCUGAUGCAAAGUGAUUCUGAGGUACUUUGAUUCUAGGCAUAUGUAUUCCUCCUAACUCGUACGCGUCUUCAUCGCCGCCAUGCCCUUCGCGAGGUCUGAUAUAAAAAGAUGUACAUAUGCUCUGUACGUCUCUGGGUCAGAAUAUAUGCAAAACCAGAUGGGCUUUGGCGCUGGAAGGUUGGCGGCUGGUCUAGGAUGGAACGGGGUUGGUGUAUCUGGUGUCUGAAUGCUCAUGUUCACGUUACCGUUGGAGUUGAAGGAUCAGACUGGCAUAGACGGUAGUUUGUUGUUUGCUGAGCUUGCGACACGGUACGUGUCGCCAUCACUUGCUUGUCACUCAGAAGCCUCU